UGGAAAGAUGGAAGGAUGGAGGGAGGGAUGAUAGAGAGAAGAAUGGAGAGAUGAAAGGAUAGAAGGAUGGAGGGAUGAUGGAGAGGUGGAGGUUGGAGGGGUGGAAGGAGAGAUGGAGGGGUGGAUGGAGAAAUGGUGGGGUGAAUGGAAAGGCAGAUGCUUGCUCUAGCUGUCUCCCCACCAGGGUGCUGGCAGGCCGGAGAUCCGGGUGCAGACUCCUCUCACCCCAGUAGCUGGCUCAGGCCCUGCUCACAGCCCCUGGGGUGCAGCAGGGUGGACACUCCAGCUUCAGCACCCCAGGGUGCUGUGGGCACCCAAGGAAGGGUGUUGUGCUCAGAAGCCAGAGGGGUUCACCCACCCAGGCCAUGGCUGGCAGCAGGACCUGCAGCUGGAGGAUGCCCUGUUGCUGCCACCCCUUUUCCAUCUCCUCCAGCUCCACACCCACCCAGUAACCCCAGUCUGGGGCCCAGCUUCACCAUUGCUCCCCAAACUGGAGGGAACUGGUUAGAUGCCAUAUUCAAUCCCAUCCCCUCUGCCUUCCCCUCACGCAGCCCCAUGUGAGCCGCAGGACCGGCUUGGCCGCUGCCCCGGGCUGGGCCCUGGGGAGGCUGAUGGAGCUGCCUGGAUCCGGCCGCCUGGCUCCUGCCUCCAUUAUUUAUAAGGCAGGUCAGGUUUCGCACUGGCAACCGGGAGGGGUUUGUGGGAGGAGAUUGUGCACACACUCACACCCACACUCACACCCUCACCUCACUCUGUCCAGAGGGUGACAUCCACAGGAAAAGGGGCCAGAGGGGCAGGUGACCACAGGGAUGUGCGGGCCAGUGGCCUCACCCAGGUGGCACAUCUUUUCUCCAUUGCCUGAGGAACUGGGGGUGCUUCCCGCUGUGAUCCCUUGUCCGCCCAGCAGUGCCCUAUCCUGUGAUGUCCUGUUCCCAUGGAGUUGUCCCAGGGGACUUGCCACCUGGCAGCAGUGAGUGGUGGUCCAGCCCUUGGGGUCAUGCACCACUUGCCCUCUCAGUGCAUCCCUGGACAUCCCCAAGGUGGUGACAAGAGUGAGCCCAGGGCCAGCCAGCCCUGUUGUCCCCUUGGUCCUGGCACAGCCCCAUUGUCACUAAUCCCUGCCUGCCUCAGGCCCCAGAGGGGACAUGUUUGGGUGAUCUCAUGUCCUGGGAACACUGAAAUGUCAAAAAGGGUCACAACCACUGGAGGAGUACCUAUGCAGGCGAACUCUGUGCACAUAUCCCCAGUGGAGGUGACACAGUUGGCAUGAACAGUCUGUGCCACCAGCUCUGGGGGAUACCCACAUCCUGGGGUACCUGCUGGGGGGUGCCUGGCCACCACAGCUCACCCCACAGCCAUGAAGAACCCCAGCUUGUCAUCCUGUGCUGAGGCAGGCUGGGCUCCUGGAGCCUCCUUGGAGCAUGGGAACUGUCCCUCCUGGCUUCCAGGAAGGUGGUGGCUGGUGUCCCCAUGCUUGUUCCAGGGCAGCAGCCAAGAACCAAACACCACUACUCCUCCACGACUUAUCUUUAUGCGAACUGCCAACACCCCAUUGGCCUCUGCUUCCCUCCCAUCCCCACUGCCCUGGGGAUGCUGAAGUCUCUCAGCCCCUGCACUCAGUGUGUCCCCAUGGUGACGGGACCCUGAGCCGAGCAACACUGGUCCAGCUGGACCACCGGUGCCCAAGCUGGACUGCAGUGUGCUGGGUGUUGUCACCACGGCAACCGCCAUCGCCUAGCGCCGGCUGUCUCCCGGUAACCCGUCGCCUAGCAAUGGGGGAUUUUUCACAGCUCGGGAUGAAGAGUUGAAAGUUAUUUUUAGCCUGGGCUGCGAAUCAAUAGGCAGCUCCAUUUGCCACCCCGCAGGAUGCACGCGCAGGGGCCUUGCUGCGGUGGUGCGAGGCAGAGGGGCUGCUGAGGGGAGCAAUGUGGCCUGGCUGGCCUGGGAACACCACCCCAGCACAGCCUGAAUGGAACCCUAGGGCUUGGCCUCCCCUGGGACCCCGCUCCAGUCUCAGCAGCCCCCUCCAGGGCUUGGCCCCCUUUGUGCUGACCCCAAGGCUCAGCACCUCUGGGCCUCCUCACUUUCCUCCAUGGAGCUCAGACCCCUUGCUCCCCCACCCUGCCAAGGAUCUGACACCCCCCAGGACUGUCCCCCCUCCAGGCCACAGGCAGGUGAAGGUGGGUGAGGGCAAGGUCAAGCCAUGGGGACCCUCAUGCUUCUGUGGAGACUCUCAUAUUGUCAGGGAGAUGACCACACUGCUGUGGGAACAUUCAUCUCACUCUGGGGACCCUCAUCCAGCUGCUGGGAGCUUCAUCCUGCCAUGGGGAUCUUCUCCCAUUAGUGCAGACCCCCUCCUUCCCAUGGGAACCCCCGCCUUGUCCUGGAGACACUCUCCUUGUCAUGGGAACCAUCUCCUUGCCAUGAGGACCCUUGAUCGGCCACAGGGACUGCUGCCUUGCAAUGGGGACCCCCAUCUUGCACUGGUGACCCUUGCUCUGCCAUGGGGACCCUUGCCUUGUCAUGGGGACCCUCGCCCUGUGGUUCCCCUCCUGACAGCCUCCCAGAGGUCCUGCAGUUCUACCAGGGCUUGUACCUGCCCUCAGGGACACCAGCCUGGGGGUCCAGAUGUUUGGGGGCACUGGGAGGGAACAGAGCCCAUUUGGCACUGGGCUUCCAUAGGGAGGGCUGGGGGUAUUCCACAUGGCUCUAGAGCUGGGCCAGGAAUUGAGAUGAGGCUUCUCAGCUAUUUGUCGAAGAUGAGGUGGGUGCCUACCAUAGCCACAUCUCCCACGGGUGCUCAGCUGGGUGGAAGAGCUCCCCAUGCAGCUGUGAGGGGCCAGACAGUGGGGUGGAAAGAGGUUGGGGACCUCCAGUCUUCCAGUAGCCCUCCAGUAGUCUCAGCCCCGCCCUGAGCCCUGCUUUUGCCUUUCCGGGAGGGUUUCUGCCCCUGGGUAUGGCCCAUACUGGAGCAUCCCUGCCCUUGCCAUCACCCACCCACAGCACAGGGUGGAGGGUGUCCAGAGCCACCCCAUGGGAACCCUUUUGUGGACACAGAGGAUGCCCCAGCUCAGCAGGAAAUCCCAAGGACCUGCUUGGUGGGGAUGACUGCCCAGGAAAGGAGAAAGUUCUGCUGAAGAUGGGUGACCUGGCAGGGAGGUGGAGAAUCAAUAAAAAGCACAAAGGAAGGAACCAGGGUCCCUCCUGCCACAGGGAGACAUGGAGCUCUGAAGCCCUGGGUGCUCAUAGGUGGCAGAUGGGUCUAGGACCCUUGGUCCCCAACAGUGAUGGCACAGCAUGACGCCCCCUGGAGCACACAGCCAGCUCUGGGGACACAGCACAAGGCAGACCUGGACCUGUCACAGCGGGUCCAGAGGGGACCAUAGAAAUGGCUGGAAGACCCUCUGCUGUGGAGAAAGGCUGGGACAGUUGGAGUUGUUCAAUUCGGAGGAGACCUUCCUGACGCCUUUCAAUAUAUAAAGGGGCUUAUAAGAACGAUGGAGAGAGGCUUUUCACUGGGACCUGUAGUGACAAGAGAAGGGGUGACGGCUUUAAAGUGGAAGAGAGUGGAUUUAGGCUGGAUGCGAGGAAGAACCGUGUUGCAGGGAGGGUGGGGUGCCCGGAGGAGCCCUGGAUGCUCCAUCCUGGGUGCUCCAGGCUGGGUAGGACAGGGCUGGCAUGGUCUGGCCCAACAAAAAAUGUUCCUGGCCAAGGCAGGGGUUGGACCGGGUGAUCUUUGAAGGUCCCAUUAGAUGUCUCGAUGCUCUGUCCCACUGCAGGACAUGGCUUCCCCGCCACGGGAGACUCUCAGGGUCCCCCAUCCAAGGGAGGCAGCGGUUCACUGCCCGGGGGGAGCGGGUGGAGCAGUCACCGUGCCCGCGGUCACAAGAGGGCACUGCGAGUCUGAGAAGCCCAGGGUCCCUCUGGCCGGAGCGGGGCGGGGGGCGCCAGGGCCAGGCCGGGAGCCCGGAGCGGUCCGAGGUCCGCUGCAGGGGUCGGCGGCUUACCCUGCGCCCCGGCUCGGCAGGUCCCGGGCGGCUGCCGGUCCCCAGUCCCUCUCUCCCUGCGGCAGCCGGGGACAAGGGGGACACAGCCAGGGGACAGAUGCUGGGCACGGCCAGGGGGCACAGCCACCGCCCGGAGCUCCAGGGCACGGCCGGCAGCCCGGGGACGCGGCAUCUUGUCAGGUGGCAGCUCCAAUGAAGCCCCGGGAUGCUUUAGCCCAUCGACUGACUCAGCGCGAUGGGGGAACUGGUGGGUGGUGGAGGAGCUUUGCCCAGUUCCAGAACAGGCCCAUCUCCGGUGGCUGCUCCGAAGGGGCUCCUGGCUUCACAAUGGCAGUGCCCCAAGGCCGUGGUGUCCCUGUGGCCAUGAGGGGGGAAGGCAGAGUUGGCCAUGGUGGUUUAGCCCAGCUGUUGCUGAGUUUUCCACGGUAACAGCCCGUUAAGGUGGAUCAGGCACUGCACGCCCAGGCUGUGGCAGGGCCAGGGGUGCCAGCUCACCCCAGGGUGCUGGGGUAGGGUUAGGGCAGGCUCACUGCCAUGUGCCUGAGGGGACAGACACAUAGGGCUCCAGCCUGCAAACAGCUACAUCCCACCUUCCUGCACCCUGUGGUGUCCCAUGGGAAAGUCCCCUGAGGGUGCUGAGCACCCCACUGAAUGGGGGAUCAGCCUCAGUGGGAAGGUCCUUGUCUGGGGACACCAGCACACGGUGGCACCUGUGCCACCCCAACUUUGGUGCCACCCCAUCUCUGAUGCUACCUCAUCUCUGGUGUCAUCUCGCCUCUGGUGUCACUUUGCCUCUGGUGUCGCAUUGCCUCUGGGGACCUGGCAGAGGCUGUUUGGGGGCUCCCUGGCUGGAUCCCAUAUGAAGCUCUGAGCCCAGACGGCCCUGCUUCCCCAUGGUUGCACAGGACCUGGCCCCAGGACCCUCUGCAGGGGGUCACUGUGACCCCGCUUCACUUGCACAGCCAGGAUUUUGAGCCCAGCCAUGCUCUGGCAAACCCCGCACAGCAGCCAGUAGUAACAGCACAAAGGCCAGCAGGUCCAGAGGCAUCACCCCAACACCCCCAACCUGACACCCCAACACCCCAAUGCCCCCACUCUCCCACCCUGACCCGCUCCACCUUAACCCGCAGCCCCUUUGGCCCCUCAUUUUCCACGGAUUCCAGCAGCUUGACUUCUUUCAGCAUCAUUUCAUGGCCAAAAGGCUUCGAAUCCCCCUUUCCCCCGCCUGCCACCCCCCCUCUGGCUCCCUCCCCUUCCUCACUUCCCCUCUUUCUGUCUGCCAUCCAAAUUUACAAUCCCUCAUUUCCAUUCCGCUCCACCCUCUCGCUGGGGACUUUGUUCCUGGCCUGUAUCAUCCCAUCCCAAUUGUUCAGUGUUUAUUUCAAACAUUUUGGCGGGCUGUCACUGGAUGGAAACUUAAUUAAUUGUGGGGUUUGUGGUACUGGCACAAUAGCGGCUGAAAGGGGGGGGGAAAUCUCGAGGGGCAGGUUUGGAGGGAGGGAAGUGGGGGUUCGGGUGUGCAUAUCUUCCAUGCCAGGCUCACUGCCACACACUUCUGCUUCCCCUAGUCAAGAAAAUGCCCCCAUGGAAGAGGGGUGCUGAUGAAGUGGGGGGUUGUAUUUUAUACUGAGGCUGGGGUGUGUGUAACUCUUGGGGUACACAGUUUUGGGCAUGUGUGUAGAUCAGGGUGGCUGUAGCCUGGGGUGUGCACAUAGUGAGGUGUCCAUAGGUUGGGGUGUAAAUAGCUUGGGUUGUAUAUAGCCUGUGGUUUGCACAGUUUGGGCUGUGCAUAGGUUGGGGUGCGCAUAGAUUUGGGUGUGCAUAGACUGGGGUGCUUAUAGCCUGUGGUGUACACAGCUUGGUGUGUGCAUAAGCAUGGGUGUACAUAACCCAGAGUGUAUAUAGUGUGAGGUGCCUGUAGCCUGGGGUACACGUAGCCUGGGGUGUGCAUAACUUGGAGCGUGCUAGCCCGGGAUGUGCUAGCAGCCUGGAGUGCCUGUAGCCUGGGCUGCCUGUAGCCUGGGGUGUGCAUAACUCAGGGUGAGCAUAGCCUGAGUGCCUGUAUUCUGGGGUGUGUAUAACUCGGGGUGUGCAUAGCCUGGGUGCCCGUAGUUCAGGGCACACACGGCUUGGGGUGUACAUGACCACGGGCAUGCAUAUCGGGUGUACACAGCCCGGGGAGCACACGGGCUGUAUCCCACCUGGGGUGCCUGCAUCCAGGAUGUGCGCAGCCAUAACUCUGGGUGCACACAACCAGGGGUGUCUGCAGCCUGGGAUGCACCUGUUGUACCCCAACCCUGUCCCUGGGGUUCAGCCCUGGCAUUUCCCCCCGGCCCCCACCGCUGGCAACCAGCCCUGCCAGUGUCCCCCACCCCGAGGAGCCCCGGUGCUGCUGACCCCGGGCUGGCGCGGGGAACAUCUCCCGGGAGCCCCGAGGCGGGGUCCGGGGAUGCCCGAGGCGGGGAGACGGGGGAGAGGAGGGGCGGGGGGAGAGAAGAGGGGGUGAAAGGGGGGCGGCCCCGCCCCACUGCCGCUAUUGGCGGAAAGUUUGGGGCGCGGCGCGGCGUGGCGGCCCCGCUCCCCCCGCUCUUCCCGGUGCGGGCAUCGGUGCGGGCAGGGCCGGGCCGGGCCGGGCCGCCCCGGGGCCGCCGCGGGCGCGGCCAUGUGGGCGCUGCGGGCGCUCUGCCUGGCCGGGCUGGGCGCGGCUCUGGGCGGCGGCUCCGCGGAUCAGUGUUCCUGGAGGGGCAGGUAGGCACCGGCACCGGUACGGGGGGGCAGCCCGGGGCAGGGGGAGGCGGCACACGCGGGUCCUCAGCUCAGCAUCCCCCACUGCUCUGCGCGGUUCGCAGCCCUCCGGGGAGCUCCCGCCGCCCAGGCUCGGGUAGAGGCUCUGCCUGGGAUGCUGGGACCUGCGUCUGCCUCAGUUUCCCCACUCCUGGGUGCGGCUGCCCACCACCGCGCGGGAUACUUCCCCCGGGGUGCUUGGGCUGCUGGGCUUCCCACCUCCCCUUCCCUGAGCCCACCUCCACCCGUGAAACGUGGCUCUGCGGUCGCCGGGGCUCCGAGCCCCUCCACAGGGCCCGACCCGACGCCGGCCGCUAUGGGGAAGGCGCCGAGUUUCGAAACAAAGAGCCGGGGCCCGCCGGGAGGGCCUGCCGCGGGGGGCGUGGGGGGCCACGGGGCCACACAGCCACGAGCAGCGUGGCCGGGACAAAGCAGCUCCACGGCCACCUCCGCUGCCCCCAGCCCGGCUUUCCCGCGUGUCCCCCCCCAUGCUAAAAAUGCAGCGGCAAGACGUGGCUCCAGGCAUCGUUUACACGCGAGCCCGAAUCCUGUGAGAGUGAGGGGGACAUGGAGCCACCCCAGCUCCCACUGGGGAUCUCCCGAAGCAGGGGGAUGCAGAGGAACAAGCGACCCCAAGAUCAUGAGCACCGUGGCUCGGGUAGCUUGGGAGCCCACCCUGGGUGCGAGGGGGCUGUGUUGCCUCCCCCUUGGCCCCCUUGGGCAGGUGUCGGGAAACAUGAGCACUCCUCAAAUGAUGUGCUUGCACCCCAAAUCCGAGGCAUCAAAGGCUCGGUGCUAUUCCUCCCUGUGUUCAUCCUGCAUGCCUCUGCAGAGGUGCUGCUCGGGCGCUCCAGCACUGCUGUGUUGGGGGGGGCACAUGGGCUGGGGAGGGUCCCCAUCACCCGGGGGGGUUCCCGGCUGAUGGAGUCUGCUGUGCCUCGCAGUGGGCUGUCACAGGAGGCGGGCAGCGUGGAGCAGCUCUCCCUGCACUGUGCCGAGGGUUCGCUGGAAUGGCUGUACCCCACGGGGGCCCUUCGCCUCCGCCUGGCCCCCCGUCUGCCCCCCGCCACCGCCACCACCAAGGGCAGAAGCCCCCAACAUGUCACUGCCUGCGUCAAACCUUCUGGCACCUUCCGGGGGGCCCAGCUCUACCUGGAGAGGGAAGGAGUGCUGGAGCUGCUGCUGCCGGAGGCCCCCCGGCCCCGUGUUCGCUGCUUCAGCUGGCUGCCCUGGGAGAAGGUGGCUCUGUUCCUGCAGGCCACCCCGCAUCGCGACAUCAGCCGCCGCAUCGCUGCCUUCCGCUACGAGCUGCGUGGGGACUGGCUGGCCCACCCAGCACUGCCUGCUGCCAGCCUCACUGGAGAAGGUGCGUGCCGGCCGUGCAAUGACACUGAGAUCCUGAUGGCCAUUUGCACUAGUGACUUUGUGAUCCGCGGCAGCAUCCGAAGUGUCUCCAAUGAUGUGGAGCUGCAGGAAUCCAUCAUUGGGGUGAGCGCCACCCGCAUCCACCGCCAAAAGUUCCCCCUCUUCCAGGCAGGGGGGCGGCCAGGGCGGGUGGUAGGCAGCAUCCGCACUCCACUGCGCUGCGGUGUCAAGCCGGGCCCUGGCACCUUCCUCUUCACGGGGUGGCUGCAUUUUGGCGAAGCCUGGCUGAGCUGUGCACCCCGCUAUAGGGACUUCCAGCACAUCUACGAGGGGGCACGGCGCACACGCCAAAACCCCUGUGAGUUCCCCGUGGACUGAGCAGCUUGGGGAGGGUAGCCUGGCCCCAUGGGUACUGGGCUGCUGGGGUCCCGCAGGCAGCGAGAGCAUCCCUGAGGGGAUGCAGGGAGUGGCGUGCCAGCAGGGAUGGUACCUGGAGGGAGCGCAGUGCUUCGGUCCUUGCUGCGUAGCCGGGCUCUGGUGGCACCCACCACCGGGCUGCGGGGUCAUAGGAAAAUCCUGCUGGAAGGGAAGGAGUUUUUCCAGGGUGCACUCACCUGUGGUCCCCAGGGACCUGUCGAGUGCAGUGGCAUGGGGCAAUGGGUUGGGAGCUCCCUAGGGUCUGGGGAGCUGCAUGCUCAGGGGAUGCUGCGGGCUCGGGGAUGCUGUGGGGCACGGUUGGUCCAGCAUGAUGGGGGCAGCUGUUCCCACCCCCAGGAGGGCUCAGUGGCAGGUGGCCAUGGCUGUGGGUGGCCAUGGUGGCAGGACCAGGGACACGGUGGGCACCGUGGGGAACAGAAGGGCCAGGAGGUGGAUUUGCAAUGUUGGGGGUGGAAGGGGGAGCAGGGUGGUGGCAAGACUUGCCCUGGCCCUGCCUGCAGCGUGGGGCACGGGCAGGAACCGUGGGGUGGCUGCUGAGGAAGAGGAGUGAGGCUGAAGGGAGCGAGGGGUAUGGCGAGGUGGGAGGAAGGCUGACGCAGGGAGCAGAGGUGUCCCGGCACGGCUGGAGCAGGACCAAAGCACUGAUGCAGGAGGGUGCCACGGGAGCAGGGAGAGGCCCGGCUGUGCUACCUGUUACCACCAGCCUGGGGCUGUGGCCUCACAGUGGCUGCUGGGUCCCACUGUGCCAUGUUGCCUGUGGUGGGACACGCGUGCCAGCUGGGGGAAAUUUCUGACCGUGGGGGUGGGGGGCAUCAUGUGCACUAAAGUUAUAAUGAUACCAAAUUUGUGAUUUUUUUUUUUUUUCUAUAAACCAAGCCGUAUUUGUAGCAUGCACGUGUGCAUCUCCUUUUUUUAAAACGCUGGGCAGGAUGUUCACCAAUGGAUGCUGUGGGAAAUGUCUAUAUAGGUACAGGGAUAUAUCACUGUUUCUAAAUGCCGCAUCCCUGGCAUUCCCCAGGGUGGGUGGCUUUGGGGUUCCCCUCCCCAGGCAGCACUGAGUGAGCGGCGCCAGGGCUGGGGGCGGGUGGCCCCAUGCCGGGUGGGUGACCCCGCCAGCGGAGCCGCUGUCAGGGCUGAUUCUCAUCAGAGCCACCAGCCACAAGGCCUCAUUGUGCCGGGCUGUGCGGCACCAGCUUCCCAGCCCUGCCCUGCCGCUGCCCCCUCCACGGGGGCUCCAGCCCCCGGCCUCUGUCCCCCACUCCUCCGGGCUGCGCAGGCAACCCCAGGUGGUGGGGAGGGGGACAGGACCCCAGCAAGGGAUGGGGCACAGGACCCUCAGACAGAGGUGGGGCAGGGGACCCUCAGCCACAAACGGGGCACAGGACCCCGAGCCAGGGACCUUUCCUUCCCAUCAGUGUUUCCCACAGGGGCUCAACCUGGAAAAGCUCAGCCCCUAAGCACCCCCUAGCCACCCCCAGUUCCCCAAACCACUAAAGCCAGGGUCAUGGCACAUGUCAGCUUGGGCUUUAAUACCUCUUCAGUAUUAUUUCAAUAACACCUUUUCAAAUGCCACUAACCAGGCUGAACUGCUGGGCAUCUGGUGGCCCUGCUGACCAUAAUGUGCUUUUCCUCACCAAGAAAACAUUUCCAAAGAGUUCUGUGGAGUUUAAUUAAAUAUAUAUAUAUGUGUGAGUGAGUGUAUAAAAUGAUCUGGUUGUGAUGA